AAUAAUAAAUCAAAAUGUAAAAAUAAAUAAAAAAAAUUCGUAACUCUUGAACAGUGAGACGGAGAGCAUAUCAAAAAGAAAACUGCUUUAACCAUUUCAAAAACAAAAAGCGCCAAACGGCCAACGGUUAGAAUUCAAAGUUUAGGAGCGGCGAAUUAGGGGUGUGGAUCCUUUUGCCGCUCCAUGUCACCUGCACGCAGAUAGAAUCAGCGGGCUUCAAUGGAGAAGAGACUUCGUUCAUCCCUCCAUACCUCAGCAGUAGAGUUUCUCUCGUCAGCUUCCAAACUAGGGUUUACUAACGCAUCGAAACUCCAUCUCAAAACCCUAAUUCACGGCCUCAAAGCUUCUUCCGAAGUCGCCGGGUCUCUCCCGUCGGCCCUCCGCGACUCCAUUUCUCAAGCAAUUGAGAAGUUUAAGAACGUCAAUGACCUAAAUCCCGACGCUUCUGGAGAAAAUCCCCCCAAUACGCCUCCCGCCAAGCGGGUUCGCAGAUCUGGUCGAAACCUGAAACACGAUGCCGACGAAUCAAGUACAAAAAAAGAAAGCAAUGGAAAAAUUGAAGACAGAAGGAAGUCUGUUGUGGAAAGUCUGCAGCUUUUUGCUUACAUUUUGCUCCAAAGCAUUUCACAUCCCAAAGGUAUAUUCGGUGCCUCUGAUUUAUUGCCGGCUGCUCGUGAAUUGCACGAUAAUUUGGUGUUAUUUGAGUCGGAUUCCGGACUCUUAUCUGAAAUUGCUAGUGUUUGCGAAGAGUGGUGGAAGAGUGAUUUGAUUGGGAAAGAAUCAUUAAUCACUCGGUCACUGCCGCUUUUGCUGUCUAGGGCUUUGACAUCAAAGAAGAAAGUCCAUGUGCACAGAUUGUACGGUAUGCGUGAAGCGUUCAAUCUUUUUGAUUUUGAUGAUGAGAGUAUUGUGGAUUUGAAGCAUCUGAUGAUGAGGUGUGUAAUUUCACCUCUGUUUCUAAAGAUGGAGGAUGGGAGGAAGUUCAUAGCGUUUAUGUUUGGAUUGAGUGGGCAGUUAGUGAAGGAGGCAUUGGAAAUGAUUAGGUCACAGGUUCCCUUUGGACGUAAAUCUGCUUUGGAAGCUUUUGGUGAAAUAACUUUCAGGGCAUGGAAGGCGGCAGAAGGGGAAGCAAGGGUUGAAAUAGAGGAUAGGUUUUUGCAAAUGAUGAUUGAUAGUGCUAUACAUGCAAGCUCAGCUGCUUUUUCUGCCUCAAUUAGGAGGAUUUUGGGGGGUUUCAUUUCCCAGAGAACUACAGAUGGGGUUGAAGGGGUCCUCUUUCGCCUUGCUGAGCCAAUCAUUUUUCGAUCUCUGCAGGUUGCAAACUCGAAUGUCCGUCAAAAUGCAUUGCACUUACUUCUGGAUUUGUUUCCUCUUGAAGAUCCUGAUGCUACAAUGGAGGGAAAGGACUCCCUUCUUGAGAAACAGUUCUUUCUUAUGGAUAUAUUAGUCAUGGAUGAAUGUCCAGAUGUGCGAGUUGUAGCGGUUGAAGGUUGCUGCCGGAUUCUUCAUAUGUUCUGGGAAGUUAUCCCUUCUCUCACAAUAACCAAAACACUCACCAAGAUUUUCGACCAAAUGGUGCAUGAUGCAUGCACAGAUGUCAGGAAUUCUGCAGUUGGCGGCAUCAUAUAUUUAUUGGGAAACCCUCAUUCUCAUGAAGUCCUUAAAGUGCUCUUACCAAGACUGGGUCAUUUGAUCUUGGAUAGUGCACUUUCAGUUCGUUCUGCCAUUGUGGAUCUCCUUCUCUGCCUGAGUGAUAUAAGAAACUUCUACUUCCACAAGGUAGUCUGUACAGAUGCACUGCUCUCCGCAUUGGCAAGCGAUCAAUCACUCGUUGCACAGAAAAUCACUAAACUUCUUCUUCCUUCAUAUUUUCCACCAAAUGUAACACCCGAAGAAGCAUGUAAGCGUUGUGUCACACUCAUAAAGAGGUCUCCAUCUGCGGGAUCAAGGUUCUGUGAAUUUGCUGUGUCGGCAGGAGCCACCCUCCCUUCUUUAAUGGAAUUAUUGAAAGGGUUGAUACGUUUGGUUGUUUCACCUAAAAACCUGGAAAAAGAUCAGAUUAAUGGUAUAGUUGUUGGCAUCUCGCAUCUUUAUAACCAUCUCGUUAAAGAAGCAUCUUUCAAGAAUAUUCUUAAGAAAGAGUUAUCAGGAAGAACACUAAAGAUCAUGUUUGCUGCAGCAACUACAACCCAUGCUAAAUCUUCAAUUUGCAGUAUUAUUUCAACAAUUCCUCCAGAAGCAGUUGAUGGCCUUUACGAAGAAUGCUUGGCCUUGAUAAUAAAUUGCAUUGGAUUGUCUGGUAAUGUGGAAAGGAAAGCUGAGGUAAGAUAUGCACAUAGGAUGAUGUUGUCUUGUGGUUGGUUUGAUGAGAUGUUGGGGUCUCUAUCAACAAUUCUGCAAGAAAUCGCCCACUAUAUCAACGACUCGCCUGGACCAGAGGCUUCUUCCACAAGACAGAGGAAAACUAAAUCCUCCACCAGAACUACAUUAAAAUGCAAGCAUCCAAACUUGAAAAAGGCAUUAAACAAGGACAAAUUUAGCUUCACUGAGGCAUAUGAGAUUGCUGAGGGAAUAGCCUGGCAAGUAAAUGAUUUACUGUUGGAUGAAGGCACGAGAAAAGCACUGUUAGGAUCCAGAAUUUUAGAAACCGCGCUUCUUGGUUUGAAGGCUAUCUCAGAAUUUAGCAUUCUGCAGCCUGAGCGGUGUGGUCAUAUGAAUGUCUAUCCACUUAUAGCUUACACAGCUCUUAUUCUGCACUUGUCUGCACAAAAUAUCGGCAUCAAUGCAAACAAACAUUCUCUAAAAAUGAAUGGCAUUGAAUCAUCCUCAAACACAGAGAGAACUUCAUUGGACCUGACAAUGGACCAUCUUCUAGACUGCACAAACAAAUUAUUCAAAGAAAAGAGGCAGGUGAUGUUCUUUUUAGGAAAAUAUUCCACUGACGAGCUUCAGUUAACAGAAGAAGGCCUGAAGGAGACAUUACUCUGUCUCAAAAGUUCCUUCACAUAUGCAGCCAAGUUACUCAAUCUGGUACUUAAGGAUUUCUUUGAUGCUUCAACACCACAACCGGUCGCUUACCAUCUUGCUAAUGAAUUGCUUAGCCUCACAGUUUCCAUUGAAAAACAUGUGGGCCAUAGCCACGCAACCCGUCUAUUGUCUGCUGCUCGCCCUUGGGUACCUGAUUUAAUUCUGGCCUUUGGAUCCUUUCACUUAAUGAAUCAGACUGCAGAAGAUAGUGCAAGUGUUUUUCCUUCCUGGCUCUCCAUUUUAGCCAAGAUAGAACUUUUUGAUCUACAAGAAAGUAGUUCAGAAGAACAAACCGAAACAUUUUGUAAAAAACUGGGCUUCUUUGCAUUCAAAAGUUUAGUGGGUUUGAUGGUUCAGAGGUUAAGCGCUAACAACGAUGUAUUGGAUGCGUUUGGAACAACUAUCUUAAAUAUUUUGCUAGUUCACUUGGAAAGUCGGGGCUUUGGUGUGCUGUUAGGGUUGCUGCACUUUGUUCGUGUGAAGUUGGUAAAAAAUGAUGAGCAACAGUGGAAUGAUCUUAAGAUGAUGUCAGUAACUAUCCAGCAAAUCUACUGUCAGCUGGAGUUACUGGCUGAAAAUUCAAGUUACGGCGAGAGUGAGUUCCAAGAGUUGCAGAGUGCAAAAGCAUUGAUUGAACCUGUUUUGUACCAUUCACAAGAUUCUCAAAGAAGCCCAUUUGAAGAAUGAUGUGUUUUUAUUGCACGUAAGUUUAAAGCAAAACCUCCUUGCCAAGUUGAUUGUUUUGCAUGUUUUUACACUGUACAAUGUUUCUAGACAACUACGUAGUAUUUAUGAUGUAUUUAUGAUGUUUAUUGAUUUUCAGUUAACUCUAUUCGAAUCAGUUGAAAUAAAUGUACUAAUGUUUU